CAGGAGGCCAGCAGUUCGGUCCCGGUGUCUGGGGGGUCUUUAGAGCCUGUCACUGUGACUUACAUGGGACUGCCCCAGAGCCUGACACUGUGACUUGCAUGGGACUGCCCCAGAGCCUGGCGAGCCGUGGCCUCCUGUUUUCCUGAAGACGUAGGUAGGAUAAAUCUGCAGGACGCGUUGUAAUGUCACCAGUUGUGGUUGUAAAACAUGAGACGUUUUACAAAUUCUGCCGUGAAUCUGGGACAAGAGCCAAGAGACUCCGGAUGUGAUGGGCUGUAAAGAUCCUGCCCUUCUGGAGUUCUUUUCUGGGCUACUACUUCUUCUGUUUCUCAAGCUAGGUACCGACUCCUGGAUUAAGAUGAAUGUUCCGGCACAGAAGCUUUGUAAUAACUCCACGGUCAUGUGAUCUGAUGCCUGUGAGAUCCACAAUAAUGAAUGCUGUGAGAUGUGAAGGAUUUAGGAAUGUGUCACCACAUUGUGUACUUGGUGUUGCACCUCAUCUCAUUCUUCGGAGUAGUCAAGUUGUGUGAAUCGGUAUGUGACAUCAGUACAGACGAAAAAUAUGUCUACUGUAAAGGAGAAUACCUGAAUUAUGUUCCUCAGAAUCUGUCGGAGAAAGUGGAGUAUCUGGACUUGUCCUUUAAUAAAAUCACAGAACUGAACAGAGGAAGCUUUUCUCGAUACCCCUCCUUAAAUACACUAAACCUGAGCUUCAAUAACAUUUCUCACAUAGACAAUGGAUCAUUCGAGGCCAACCUGCUCCUAAGGAACCUGAGUUUAUUUAAUAAUUCCCUUGAGGAGAUCCCAGCUUCAUCCCUGGAACAUCUUAAAAGCUUGCAAAUCCUUGACUUGUCCAAUAACUUCUACAGAUUCUCCACAUUGGGGAAAGAGUUUUACAAACUGGUGAAAUUACAGGUUUUAUCCAUAGGCGGUCCAUUGAUUUCUAGAGUACUAAAAUACGAUUUUGCAGUCAUCCAGAACAUCAGUCUGCAAAAGUUUGCUUUAAAGACAAAGUCAAGUUUGGAGUACUAUGAGCAUGGGGCUUUCUCGGUGCUGAACACCGAGGUUUUCUGGCUGGACAUCGCUCUGGAUAGCAAUGCCAGUAUGUUAAAUGAUAUGUUAAAGGACUUGGCAGGAAAAAAUUUGACCACUCUCCGUUUCCGAAACUUAUUUGAGUUUUCUUAUUAUGAACAUGUGUUGGAUAUAUUCUCCUUCUUGCCUGACAUUAAUAUAAGAGAUCUGAUCUUCUAUAGGGGAAAAUUUAACGAGAAUCUUCUCCGUCUGGUCUUGAAGAAUGUUCAGAGUUCUAAGAUCAAAAACCUUUUACUGCUGUCUGUAGAUUUUGCUCGUUCUGUGACGCACAAUACCUUGAAUAAGACCAUUAAUGACUUGGUUUUACAGAACUUGGUCAUACAGGAUGUCACUAACCCAGAUAUCCUGAGGUUUGACUGGACCUUCACUUGGUUCAGCAAAGUCACUUAUCUGAGCAUCAUCAACGUCAACUUUAACUUUGUUCCCUGUGAUGCUUGGGGCCAAAUGGCUAAUGUUGUCUCACUAAAUAUAUCGAAUAACAGGCUAUUUGCUGCAUACCUUUACAACUUACAGUGUCAGCAGAAUGUGCUUCCAAACAUUGAGACUUUCAACGUUAGCCAUAACCAAAUAGACAGUCUGAGGACCAUCUCAUUACUGACAGCUAAGUGGCCAAAGCUCACCCAGUUAGACCUUGCGAGUAAUGCCAUUGGGAGCAUCAUUGAGUCUUGUGUGUGGAAUAUCCGCAUCAAAAUUUUAAUUUUACGGAACAAUAUGCUCACGGUGGAUGUGUUCCGGUGCCUUCCUGUAUCCUUGGAAUAUCUUGACAUGUCUAAUUCCCAUUUAGAACGCUUGAAUAUUAGUUAUUUUGACCAAGCUACAAACCUAACAAAGCUUAUUCUAAAAGAUAAUAAAAUCAUGUUCAUCCCAGCAGGCUGGAACAGCCCUAACCUCCAGGUCCUAGCACUUGAAGGGAACUCUUUUGGAGUCAUUGAUCAAGGUUCUUUCCAAAAUCUGGUUCAAUUGAAAGAGUUGACUGCAGGAAACAAUCCUUAUCAUUGCACAUGUGACCUCCAUGCUUUCAUCACAGAUACUCUUAAGGAGGGGUCCUUAUCGCUCUCUGACUGGCCAGAAAAAUACUAUUGCUACCAUCCGACAUACAUGCUGGACACCAGGAUUGAAUCCUUUAGCCCAGGGAGGCUGGAAUGUGAUGUCCGCUUAGUGGUGGCUGUUUCUGUCUCGGUGACAGCUUUUGUACUCAUCAUCGGCAUGCUGCUUUGCCUCAAGUUUGAUAUUCCCUGGUAUUUGAGAGCAACAUGUCAGAUAAUUCAAUCCAAAUACCGGGCCAGAAACAGUCAAGAAACAAGAGAAUAUGCCUUCCAUGCCUUCAUCUCCUAUAGCUACUCGGAUUCGGAUUGGGUAAGAGGAGUGUUACUGUCUCAUCUAGAAAACUCCAACCCACCAUACAGAGUUUGUAUUCAUGAGAGAGACUUCCUCCCGGGGAGAUGGAUUAUUGACAACAUAAUAGAGAACAUUGAGAACAGUCAGAAGAUCAUCUUUGUGUUGUCUCACAACUUUGUCAACAGUGAAUGGUGUAACUACGAGCUCUACUUCGCCCAUCAGAGGGCCAUUGGCCAUUCUUUUGGAGACGUCAUUCUGGUGGUCAAGGAGAACAUCAAAAUGGAGGACCUGCCGAAAAGGUUCUGCAGACUGAGAAAACUGCUUAGCACUAAGACCUAUCUUGAGUGGCCUUUAGAGGAGAACCGGCAACCGUUCUUUUGGUUCCAACUCAAGAGCAUCUUGGGUAAAGGCAGCAAAAGUCUAUCUGUGCUAGAUAACAUGUCAAUGAUAAAUGAAACUAUUGAUGUAGGCGUAGACAGAAAUUCAGAGUAAGAGAUAACUAUGACCACAAAGAGCAACCUAAACCUGUCCCCCUGUACCUGAAGCCACAUGGUGGGUGGUUAGUGUUGCUAGUGUCUCAUAGAUCCUCACUUGGAUACCAUUUCACAGGUUGAUUUUACAGAUAACCUCUAGCAUUGGUGCAAAUUUUCUCUGGUACAGAUCCUCAGUUAGAUCAUGGUUUAAACUCCUGACACAUCCAGAGCUGCAUUCUUAAUUCUGCAGGUUUAAGCUCAGGAUGCCAGACUUAAUACUUUACUGUUGACUCCCGUUGAUUCAGUCUUUGAUCAAGAACAUGUUCUGUUUCGUUGUAUUGUGGGUGAAAGUAAAGUGCAUUGCUUUCAUGGAGACCAGCUUAGCUGGCACCAGUUUGAAUGCAGCUUUGGAUGUGAAUGGAGUAUCAGACAUUAUGCAAAGAAAGUAUUUACAAAGAUUUAACCUAUACAAUAAUGGAGAGAAGUGGAGCUCAUCCGUGAGUUUAUGGGACCUUUUUCCUGCAGAGGCUGUCUGGUCUCUUGUGUCUACUGUGAAUUAACCUUUUCUAUACAUUUACUUUCAGUCUACAGAUGGAUUAUUAUCAUUGCAUUUGUCAACAUGAUCCUCCAGCUUCUGCACAAGUACAAGUGUCUGCAGCUUUAGAGGAGUGGAGCUUUCCACCAAAAUGCAUUUUCCAGGAAAUCUGAUUAAUAACGCUGGCCGAGCUGGGGACUCACAUGAUAUCAAUAUUGCCGGAUAAGUAUUGUUUGUGACAAUCUGGUUUCUACAGACAUGCCUGGGGGCCUCACUCCAAGGCAGAACUGUCUAGUUGAGAGCAGAGAAGGAGCUGUAUUAAUCAGAUUUUUCCAAAGCUAAAUGGAGCUCACGUCUGCCAGUAAAAUAACUUCUGCCAUGCAGUGAUGCCCACUAAAGGCAGGGUGGUCGAAGUAUAUUAUAGUUUCAGCACAAUGGAUCACUCUGUGUGUCCUGCUGGUGGCAGACAGAGCCAUCGUUGUAUGUGAACACUUUAUAAUGCUGUGAAUGUACAGUAUAUAUGUAUUGUUUUAACAUUAUUGUUAUCUGUUAAACGACUGAUGAUUGUCUACAUAAAGGCCUAUGGUUGGCCAAAUGAAUUAUUUUCCCCCGAUCAUUGCCCAGUAUACAUAGGGCCAGCGAUCAGCAAAUGCUUGUUAUUUGCUGAUCACCUCUUCUAUAGGGACAUAAAAAGCAUAGUUGUUGGAAGCACAUCUCUCAUACAAACAAAGAUGUAAUAGGCAAAGUGUAUGGGUAUGAACGAGCUUGGGUGACAGGGCCCUAGGUCAUAGGUCGGGGACCAGUAGCAUUUCACCCAAAAAAAAUAAUUAUCACCUGUAUCCCUGAGUCGUUUUUUCUAUUCAGCCGGUUCCCAGAUCUGCCUCGAUUUCUGGAUAGACUU